AUGCCUAUCAGACAUGGUUUUUACACUCAUUCACGUCUUGCGAUCAUCAUCACUAUUUUCCUACUUCAUACAAGCAAAGUGUUUUCCCAAACAACUGAUGUCUCUAGCGGAAGUGAACUUGAUGUAACUGAAUCUUCUGCUAUUACGGGCUCAAAUACUGCUACCGUGAAAGACUCUUCUAUUACUACCGACUCGAAUGUUUCUAAUCCAACCGAAAAUGCUGGUACAGUGGAGUCAAAUACUGCUACUCCGACCAUGCCUCCUAGUGUGACUAUCGAAAAUCCUUGUCCACCUGGUGGAUAUCCAUUUGGUACCAGUUGCAUUACGGCCAGUCAGAAUGGAGGUGUUGUUAUUGCAGCAUUCGUCUUAAGUAUAGUGUCAUGCGUUGGUGCAAUUGGCGUUCUUGUGUACCUUCUAUUCUUUCGUAAAAUUUUUGCACGACAAAAUAAGCGCAAAAUAAUUGCCGACAAUGUUAAACAACACGAAAUGACGACAUUACCAAAAAAGACUGAUAACAUCAGUUCAACAGUAAUAUCAAAUAAGAAACAUCGAGAUGGUCAAGCUGGUUCACGUAAGCAACAACAACAAAAGGUGCUAGAAACACAGUCUGCAGUACAUAUAGCAACCAAGAAGCAAUUGCAACCAUCUAAUACUCGACCUUAUCCAGUUCAACAGCGUAGACACAACCAACAACCGCUGAAAAAUACAAAACUUGAUCUCGAUGACAAUUCUGUUUAG